CUGGCAUGUGUCAAGUUAAAUCAAGACAUGUAUUUCUAGAAUAACGUAACAAAUUUACAAUAAUAAUAAUGAAAUGUUAAAUAAUUCGAUUUAUAUAUUUCUUGGUAUUAAGAGCUGUGAACUUUUAAUAAAAAAAAAUAGAUAAGAAAACAAAGAUGCGCUUCUUGGAAAACUUCGACCCUGAAACAUCAGCUCGUGAACGACGAAAAUUAAAUCGGAAAAGCUAUUUUAUGAAUCGCAACACUAAAAAAAUCUACAAUGAGCGUGGACAAUUAGCAGCGACUGGUAAGGACCUCUGCGAUUGUUUAGAUGAAGUAUGUCCUGGUUGUCACUUCCCUUGCUCAAAAUGUACAUCCAACAAAUGUGGACAUGAAUGCAGGGUUAACAGAAAAUGGAUGUAUGAAAAAAUUGAAAUAGAGGGGAAUGAUUUUGUCAUAAGAAAUGUCUACAGGCGAAAAUAAUAAUAGUAUUUUAAAUCAUUCAUUGGCUAAUAACUUGAAAAAAUAUUCAACUUCCAAUUCACCAUCUUCUGGUAGAUCUGUACAAUGGACUGCAUUAUGUACUAUGUUUUUUCCAUAUAGUGCUCUGAUUGAAUCGGGAUAUAGUUGACGACUCAGUUCCUGUGAAAUGAGAAUACAUCUAAAUUAAAUGGUAAAUAAAAUUUUAGGACAUUA